AUGAGGGGAAAAAGCACUACCUGCCUUUUUUCAGAUACACUUCCUUGUGACACGUCUACUGCGAGGAGGAAAUGUCGGGUAGAUCAGAGUGACGCUCCAGGAACCUGCAGUGUGGAUGACAGCAUAACGGAGUACUGUGCCUACAAAUGCAACUGUACAUAUCCAGUGGAUGGAGUGCCAAACCAAUGUGGAACAUCUCCUUCACAACUUCAAUACGCCACAUGGUGGGAAACCGUCGCAGACAAUGUCACUGUCACCGUUAUACAAAAUAUGGAAAAACUUGUGGUAGAUUACUUAGCAAUCAUCCGUGAUAAAGAUACAGAUGAUUCAUACAGUAUGCUCCAAGACGAGCAAAAAUGCGAGGAGAUUCAAAUAUGA